CACAUCUCUUUUCUACGCAUGUCAGCUCAGGAGUCUUCCUGUUCGCUCGUGGCUAGAGGACGUUGGUGUCACAGAGGAGAGGGGCUCUUCAAGUAUUUUUGUUUUACCUAAAGUAAGAACAGAACCAACAGAAACAACAUGUUCUCCCGUGCUGUGAGACCUUCCGUCAGCCUGGCUCGGAGCCUGUCCACCUCCACGCAGAACAACGCCAAGGUGGCGGUGCUAGGAGCGUCCGGCGGCAUAGGCCAGCCGCUGUCUCUGCUCCUCAAGAACAGCCCCCUGGUGAGCCAACUCUCCUUGUAUGAUAUCGCUCACACACCUGGGGUGGCUGCGGACCUCAGCCACAUUGAGACCAGAGCCCAGGUGACCGGCCACAUGGGCGCAGACCAGCUGGAUGCUGCCCUGAAGGGCUGCGACGUCGUGGUCAUCCCUGCCGGUGUGCCCAGAAAACCUGGCAUGACCCGUGAUGACCUCUUCAACACCAACGCCACCAUCGUAGCUAUCUUGGCCGAUGCCUGCGCCCGAAACUGCCCAGAGGCCAUGAUCUGCAUCAUCGCUAACCCUGUCAACUCCACCAUCCCCAUUACAUCAGAGGUCAUGAAGAAACAUGGAGUCUACAACCCCAACAAAGUGUUUGGUGUCACAUCCCUGGACAUUGUCAGAGCAAACACCUUCGUGGCAGAGCUUAAAGGCCUUGACCCAGCUCGUGUCAAUGUCCCCGUCAUUGGAGGUCACGCUGGUAAGACCAUCAUUCCCCUCAUCUCCCAGUGCACACCAAAGGUAGAGUUCCCUGCUGACCAGCUGAGCGCUCUGACCGCUAGGAUCCAGGAUGCUGGCACUGAGGUGGUUAAGGCCAAAGCUGGAGCUGGAUCUGCUACCCUCUCCAUGGCUUAUGCAGGUGCCCGCUUCACCUUCUCAGUCCUCGACGCCAUGAAUGGAAAGGAGGGUGUGGUGGAGUGCGCCUAUGUCAGGUCAGAGGAGACAGAAUGCAAAUACUUCUCCACACCUCUGCUCCUGGGCAAGACCGGCAUUGAGAAGAACCUUGGGCUGGGCAAGCUGUCCGCCUUCGAGGAGAAGCUGGUGGCUGAAGCCAUGGAUGAGCUGAAGUCCUCCAUCAAGAAGGGCGAGGAGUUUGUGGCUAAUAUGAAGUGAACAGGGGCAUUUAAAUAGUUCAAACCAAGCAGCAACUGAUAAUUUCGUCUUGUCUUAACGUUAAAGGCAUCCGGGUAAAUCUAAAGAUCUGUCACAGUGUUUCCUCUUUUGUUUUUGUCAUAUCAGUAGGGCCAUCCUGAUCCAAACACCUGGUUUUUACCACAGUCCCCUCUCCUAUCAUUCCCCUUGGCUUUUCAAACAUGGCUUUAUUUUGAACCUAUGAUUUGUGUACAUAAAAUGUACUGUGACUUAUCUAUUUUUUGCGAAUGUCAACUCUAAAGAAAGUUUCAUAUAUUUUCAUGUACAGUCUGUAUAAGAGGGGAUUUCUCUGCUGAAUGAAAGAGGAGGAAAUACUGUCAUCAUGCCUGUUGAUGCAUAUAGAUGUUACUGGUGAACAACACUCUCACUCCUACAAUAAACAGCUUAGCUUUAAAAAAUGA